CCUCAACAAACAUGCAGCUCAGAACCUUUUCUCAAGCCAAGAAUGACUUUGCAAGAGGUGAUUGCUGUGUGUAAGCAACUUCUUUUGCAGUCAAAGGUCCGGAAAGGGUUAGCAGUGGCGCCAGAGAUAACUCAGCCCUUACAAACUGCCAGAACAUCAGGAUUACCCUCCCUCACAACACUAUCAGAUAAAAUCACCCUCGACACGAAGACAGCAAAUCCUUUCCUCAGAAUCUCUAAUGAUCAAAGGCGACUCAGAUCAUACACGUACGAGGAAAGCCAGAUUCUCAUGAAAACUGAUUGGUUUGAGCGAGCCAGUGAGAAGUAUGACGGCUGGCUUUGUAUCCGAGGAGUGCAGGGCUUCAGUUCAGGGCAGCAUUACUGGGAGGUAGAUAUCAGGGGGAUUCGUGAUUGGAGGAUUGGGGUGAUGAGAGAGUCUGCACCUAAACGUGGCUUUGCCAAACUCAACACCUCAUCAGGAUACUGGACCCUGAGGCUGCAGCUUGGUAACCUUGUGGCACUCACUGAGCCGGCUACCAAGUUAAACAUCUCCCUGCCCAGCAGAGUAGGGGUGUGUCUGGAUAUGCAGGCCGGAGAGGUCACAUUUUAUGCCAUAGAUAAGAAGAUGAGGCGUGAGAUUUAUAGAUUCAAGGCAGACUUCAGUAACUCAGAGAAAGUUUACCCAGUCUUUGGGACUGUGGACACCAAAAAAGAGAUGGUCAUAAUAUAG